AUGACUGAGCACGGCACAGUGCACCCAAGCACUCAGUUGGGAAGAAUCAUUGAGAAGCACCAUGAUCUGAGGCUGUGUGAGAGUGAGAAGGAAAAGAAGGAAGUGAAGUUCAUACUGAACAAUAUGUGGACUAUUGCAAGCUUUUCGUUCGUCCUUGGUAUGCGCGAGAAAUGUCAGGAGACGGUGGUGGCCCUAGUGAAUAAGGACAUGGAUGGGCAGCGCCCCUUGCAAGACUCCAUACUUUUUCAGUAUGAGAUGCCUGCGCUCGGAGCAGCGGUAUGGGGCUCCGGGUCUUGGUCUCCAAAGGUCUUGAUUAUCGACUUGAUGGGUACAUGCAAGCAGACUAGCCCAGCGCUUCUGGAACAAGUGCUGUUGUUCGUGAAAGCUUGGGACAUGGAGCCAAGCAAGAAGUUGGAGUUUGUCCGCCAGUCCAGCCUCUCAUGGAAGUGCAUAGACUGCCCAGCUCCCAGAUGUAACUUGGAUCAACGCUUGGCGGACUAUGUGAGCAAGCAGAAGGCUGGCUUAACCUCCACCAGUUGGUGGCGCAAACAUCAGCGUCGCCCUCAACACCAUGGGUGUUAA